GUCUUUUUCUUCUUCACCUCUUCUUUUAAGCUGUGGGGUUCCAGCUCGAUCCUGCCGGACAUAUGCCGAGGAAGAGUGCCAGGCAGCAGCUCGCCGGCCGCCGCCGUGGGGCAUAGCGCUGAGUCGCGGCUCGCGGGUAGCACCCCGGCGCUGAGACAGUAUGGUGCACCGCGGCGAGACAACUCGGCAGCCGCAGCCCGCCGUGCCACCACUGCACUGCUGCCAUUGAGCGCUGCCGCGGGCAGUGAUUUCUCAGAGGCAGCGGAGGCCGGAAGAAGCGGUUUUAACGGGAGCGGAGGAAAGCGCGGCGGCUUCUGGGGCGGGGGAGGGGAGUCGUGCUUGCCCACCCACUCUCCUUGGGUGUGGGGAGUAGUUGCCAGCACCUUGGGGACUGCGCGCGAUGUGGCAAUGGGAGGCGCAGGGUAAGAUUCGUCUGGAGCGGCCGCGGCGGCAGCCACCGCCCAAUGCCCCGCGUGAAGCGUCCACGCAGCGACGGCGGCAGCAGCAGUAUCCUGCGGUCUGCAGUGCCGCCAGUUCCCCGCGGGUCCCGCUGGCAGCGGCGGCAACAUGGCCUCAGCUAUUAACGUAUUGGAGUCGGAGACGAGCAGCACUGCAAUGGGCGGUGGCCACCCCAGCCGGGUGGCGAGGAGCGAUAGUGGGAGGCGGCGAAGGACUGGAGGGAACCAGCGCACCGCGGCGCCCGAUCGGGAGUAUUUGCAACGACCAAGCUACUGUGAUGCGACUUUCGCCUUGGAGCAGAUCUCAAAGGGGAAAGCUACUGGAAGAAAAGCACCACUGUGGCUGAGAGCAAAGCUUCAGAGACUAUUAUUUAAACUUGGCUGUUGCAUUCAGAAAAACUGUGGAAAGUUUUUGGUUGUUGGCCUUCUCAUAUUUGGGGCUUUCACUUUAGGAUUAAGGGCAGCAAUUCUUGAAACCAACGUGGAGGAGCUGUGGGUGGAAGUUGGUGGACGAGUGAGUCAGGAAUUAAAUUAUACACGGCAGAAGAUUGGAGAAGAAGCCAUGUUUACCCCUCAGCUCAUGAUUCAGACUCCACAUGAAGAUGGUGCCAUUGUACUAACAAUAGAAGCACUCAGACAGCACCUUGACUCUGCACUUCAGGCCAGCAGAGUAGAUGUUUACCUGUACAACAGAAAAUGGAAAUUGGAACACUUAUGUUAUAAAUCAGGAGAACUCAUCACAGAAGCAGGGUACAUGGACCAGAUCGUAGAAUAUCUUUAUCCUUGUUUAAUCAUCACUCCUUUGGACUGCUUCUGGGAGGGAGCAAAGCUACAGUCAGGAACUGCCUAUCUAUUAGGGAAACCUCCUUUGCAGUGGAUCAACUUUGACCCCUUAGAAUUCUUAGAGGAGAUAAAAAAAAUAAAUUACCAAGUGGAAAGCUGGGAAGAAAUGCUGAAAAAAGCAAAGGUUGGUCAUGGUUAUAUGGAUCGACCAUGUCUGAAUCCUGCUGAUCCUGAUUGCCCAAUCACAGCUCCCAACAAAAAUUCCACCAAACCUCUUGAUGUAGCUCUUGUUUUGAGUGGUGGAUACUAUGGAUUGUCAAGAAAAUACAUGCAUUGGCAGGAAGAAUUGAUUAUAGGUGGUACAGUCAAGAAUAGUUCUGGUAAACUUGUCAGUGCCCAGGCUUUGCAAACCAUGUUUCAGUUAAUGACUUCUAAGCAAAUGUAUGAGCACUUCAAGGGGCAUGAAUAUGUUUCACAUAUCAACUGGAGUGAGGAUAAGGCAGCAGCAAUUCUGGAAGCCUGGCAGCAGAUGUAUGUGGAGGUUGUUCAUCAAAGUGUUGCACAAAACUCUACUCAAAAGGUGCUUUCCUUUACUACAACUACCCUGGAUGUUAUUCUAAAGUCAUUUUCUGAUGUCAGUGUUAUCAGAGUAGCUAGUGGCUACUUACUAAUGCUUGCCUAUGCCUGUUUAACAAUGCUGCGGUGGGACUGUACAAAGUCUCAGGGUGCUGUGGGGCUGGCAGGAAUCUUCUUGGUUGCUCUCUCAGUGGCUGCAGGACUGGGUCUGUGCUCAUUGAUUGGAAUUUCCUUUAAUGCUGCCAAAACUCAGGUUUUGCCUUUUCUUGCUCUUGGAGUUGGUGUAGAUGAUAUAGUCCUUCUGGUACAUGCAUUUAGUGAAACAGGGCAGAAUAAGAGAAUUCCAUUUGAGGGUAGAACAGGUGAAUGCUUGAAGCGAACAGGAGCAAGUGUAGCCCUUACAUCUAUCAGCAAUGUUACUGCUCUCUGUAUGGCUGCCUUAAUCCCUAUUCCUGCUUUACGAGCAUUUUCACUCCAAGCAGCAGUUGUGGUAGUAUUCAACUUUGCUAUGGUUUUGCUGAUUUUUCCUGCUAUCCUGAGCAUGGACCUUUAUCGUCGGGAAAACAGGAGACUGGAUAUAUUCUGCUGUUUUACAAGGAUUGGAUCAUUGGACGCCCCCGUGAUGCGUACACUCCGGUACCAGAAGAGAAUGAUGAACCUCCAAGUAACCCAGCAACACCCAAAGAUCCCGCACCGGUGAGAUCCAAGCAACUACGGUGUCUUUGCGUGAUUUUAUUUUUGGGUCUUGUAGGCAGAGGGCAAGCAAACGUAGUGUAUUACCCUCACCAACCAUUCAGAUGGGUCCUGCGCCAUCUUUCAAGUGA